AUGGCCAAUCCUGCCCCGACGGAUCAAAACUCGCUGGCCAAUAGGCCUGCGGCAAAGGGCCAGCAGCAAUUCACACAAGCUGAUCUCAACCGAAUUGUUAUGGAGUACCUCAACAAGAAAGGGUUCCACAAGACAGAGGCCAUGUUCCGUUUGGAAAGUUCCAAUACGGCUACGCCUCUGGCAGGAAUGCCUACUCCAGCCAGCACUUCGUACCCUGGACCGACGGAAAUCUCGCUGGGCUAUCCAACUGGUGGCAAGCAGACCAAGGCUGACAUAGAACUUAGAGAAAUGAGAGAUAAGGUCGCAAGAACCGAAAGGGAAUUAAGGGAUUACAAGGACAAGGGCUCGUACGACCGGAAGGAGGAAGAGCUUCGGCUGUUGAAGGAAGAGGAGGAGAAACAGAAACGGGAGAACGAUCCAGACAUUUACGCUAGAGCGUACUCGAUCCUCAGAAGCUGGGUCGAGACGUCCUUGGACUUGUACAAACCGGAGUUGUCCCGUAUCUUGUACCCACUUUUCGUUCAUUGUUACUUGGAGCUCGUGUCCAAGAAUUUUAUUAAGCACGCCAAAAUAUUUUACGACAAUUUCAAGGACGACCACAUGAUCUUGCAUGGAUUGGAAGUGAAGCAGCUUGCAGGUAUCUCUUUGCCUGAUCACUUGAAGGAAGACCCGUUGGCUCAGGCUUACCGCACCAACAAGUACAGAAUCUUGGUUUCCAAGACGACGAUGAACCUUUUACUAUAUUUCCUCCACGAGAACGAGGCCGUUGGCGGUGCCGUUCUUAUUCGAAUCAUUAACCAGUACCUCAAUCCCAUCAUAUCCACGACUAGACCAGAUAAGGUCACGCAAGAGGGAGAGGCCGAUCCCGCUGAGGGAAUUCCAGGUUACAUCACCAGCACAAACGAGAUCGAGAAGUUCAACGAGCAGCCCGUUCAGCUUGGCAAGCUACCGUUGGAUGAAGAUACGCAAAAAGAGGUUGAGGCCGAGUUGAAGGUGAAGGAUGAAACUACAGAGCCCGUGGACGGCAAGACCCUCGUGAAAGAGUUUGAAGAGCUCAAGGAACCAGACAAAGAUUCACCUGCAGCAGACUCGAUCCCACUACCCUUGAAGGACGCUUCAGACGUUAAAAGAAUGAUUCUCUCCGUGGAGGACUCCCGCUCCAAAAUCAAGUUGGGUGCCCUUCAGGCCAGUGCUCCUUCUGUGUGCAUGUACACUUUUCACAACACGAACAACGACAUGACAUGUCUUGAGUUCAACGAGGACUCCAAUACCGUUGCCGCGGGAUUCCAGGACAGCUUCAUCAAAUUGUGGAGUCUCGACGGGCGCCCUCUCAAAUCGGUAUUCAAGAGAGAUUCGAGCAACAACGAUAACACCAGACGACUUGUCGGCCACAGUGGGCCAGUGUACGGUUUAUCGUUUUCUCCAGACAACAAAUACUUGAUCUCCUCUUCGGAAGACAAGACGGCACGUCUUUGGUCGAUGGACACCUACACCGCCUUGGUUUCUUACAAGGGCCACAAUCAGCCGGUUUGGGAUGUCAAAUUCUCCCCCUUUGGCCACUACUUUGCGACAGCCUCGCACGAUCAAACGGCCCGUCUUUGGGCAACAGACCACAUCUACCCAUUGCGUAUUUUCGCUGGUCACAUUAACGACGUGGACUGCGUUGAAUUCCAUCCAAAUUCCAACUACGUUUUCACAGGCUCCUCAGACAAGACCGCCAGAAUGUGGGAUGUGCAGACCGGUAACGCCGUGCGUAUUUUCAUGGGACACACUGGUGCUGUCAACUGUAUGGCCGUUUCACCCGACGGUAGAUGGGUGGCUACUGCAGGUGAAGACACUGUGAUUAAUAUCUGGGAUGCUGGUUCUGGUCGUCGCUUAAAGAGUAUGAGAGGUCACGGACGUUCCUCUAUUUAUUCUUUGGCAUUCAGUCGCGAUGGUGGUGUUCUUGUCAGUGGUGCAUCUGAUAAUACCGUUAGAGUCUGGGACGUCAAGAGAAACACUAAUGACGCGGGCCCUACACCUGAGCCAUUGAACGGUGAAGGCAUAAACGGCAGCAGCUUGACGUCAUCUUCGGGCAGCGAGGGAAAGAAGCCUGCCGAAAGAGUAAGCAGAAAGGAAAUUGUCGCCACGAGCGACCACAUGACGGCAUACUUUACAAAAAAGACACCCGUGUAUAAGGUACACUUUUCGAGAAGGAACCUUUGUCUUGCUGGAGGCUCGCUUCAGAUCUAA